AUGAGCAGCAAGCCCGUUGGCCGACAACGUGUUGUCGUUGAGCAGCAGCAGCAACCGGAACGACGUCCACCCAGCCAAAUUGCUGAUGCCGAGGACGAGCAGAGCAGGAAGUGGCGCAUGUCGAAGCAGAUGGGCCAGAAUCAUGCGCUGGCUGGAACGGCUGCAGGCAGCACCGCAGGUGGUACAGCAGAGGAAGGAACGUGGGAGCGUGCUGGGAAGGACCGGCUCACCCAGCGCCAGGAUGAUCACCACUGGCUCGUUGUCGGCUGCACCCAGCAGCAGCAUGAUCACCACCGACUUGUUGUCACCAACUCCCAGCAGCAGCUGGGCCGCGUCCUUGCCACUGACGAGGGCGACGGUGAGCAUGUACCACGCCACUGCUAA